AUGGAUACAUCGAUAUAUUCUCAUGCCUUGGAUAUCUGGGCUAAGGCAGAUUUAACGAAUCUUCAAAAAGAAUUAGAUGCUGAUGUCAUUGAGAUUAAGGACAAAGAAACCCUGUCGUUGAACUCAAGAAAGUCGUUGGCCACUGAGACUAAAAAAUUUAAGAAACUUGAACCUGAGGAAAAAUUAAACAGUGUGAAUAAAAUAAUUAAGCAAUACCAACAUGAAAUUGAUAACUUGACACAGAGAUCAAAAUUCUCUGAAAAGGUUCUAUUUGAUGUUUAUGAAAAGCUCUCAGAGGCUCCUGAUCCGCAACCCCUAUUACAGAGUUCAUUGGAAAAAUUGGGCAAAGUUGAUGAUUCAAAGGAGCUCAAGGAAAAAAUAAACUAUCUAGAAGAUAAAUUAGCCAAAUAUGCCGAUUACGAGACUUUGAAAUCAAGGCUACUAGAUCUGGAGCAAAGCUCUGCGAAAACGUUGGCAAAAAGACUGACUGCGAAAACUCAAGAAAUCAAUUCUACCUGGGAGGAAAAGGGUAGAAAUUGGAAAGAGAGAGAGGCAGAUUUGCUGAAACAAUUAACAAAUGUACAAGAGCAAAACAAGGCACUAGAGUCCAAAAUAUCUAAAAAUAUCGAUAUAGAAGGUAAUGGAAACAAGGAUGGUUAUCCAGAAAACAAUCAGAAAGAAGUAUCUACAAGGAUUGCUGAAUAUAAUUUAGUAACCCAGGAGUUGGAAACUACGCAGGCUAGAAUAUAUCAGUUAGAGAAAAGGAAUGAGGAAUUAAGUGGGGCUCUUGCAAAGGCAACUAGUGAGGCUGAAAAAGAAACCGAGCUACAUGCAAAGGAACUUAAACUCAACCAGCUAGAAAGCGAAAAUGCAUUGUUGAGUGCAUCUUACGAGCAGGAACGGAAAUCAACAUCUCAUGCUAUAAAUGAAUUAAAAGAGCAACUGAAUAGCAUUAUGGCAGAAUCGGAAUCCUACAAAUCAGAGCUCGAAACUGUCAGAAGAAAACUAAAUAAUUAUUCUGACUAUAACAAGAUAAAGGAAGAGCUUUCCGCUUUGAAAAAAAUUGAAUUUGGGGUAAACGAAGAUGAUUCUGAUAAUGACACUGGAUCUGAAGAAAAGAAUGAUAAUACUAUCGAAAGCUCUUUAUUAUCUGCAAACAAGAAACUUCAGGCUACUCUGGCGGAAUACCGCUCGAAAAGUACAGCUCAAGAAGAAGAACGUACCGAAUUGAAAAAAUCCGUAGAUCAAUUGAAGCAGCAGAUAACUAUUCUUGAAGAAGCAAAUGAAAAAUUAGAGACGGAUCUGGAAAAAGUAGAGAACGUCGGUCCUCACUUCAACGACGCCGCAAGUAUGAUGUCUGGUGUAACAAGACAAAUGAACAAUCGUACAUCCCAUAAAAUUUCACCAACGAGCUCUAUUAUUGGUAUUCCAGAAGAUGGUGAACUUACUGGGAACCAAUCAACUAUUUUACCAAUAGUUACUAAACAGAGGGACAGAUUUCGUUCCAGAAAUAUGGAUUUGGAAAAGCAACUAAGACAAGGAAACUCAGAAAAGGGCAAGCUCAAACUAGAAGUUUCCAAGCUGAAAGGUGAUAAUACGAAGCUUUACGAACAGAUAAGGUAUUUGAAAGCCUAUAAUAAUAGCAAUACCUCUACCAAUCAAAAUCCAGAAGGUAUUGACGUGGAAUCUCAAUACUCAAGGGUGUACGAUGAAUCGUUACACCCUAUGGCAAAUUUUAGACAGAAUGAAUUAAAACAUUACAAAAACAAAAAAUUAUCAGCUUUAGAAAAAUUAUUCUCCAGUUUUGCGAAAGUCAUCUUGCAAAACAAAAUGACAAGGAUGGUAUUCCUAUUUUAUUGUAUCGGUUUACACGGACUCGUAUUCAUGAUGAGCAUGUAUGUGAUAAAUAUUAGUGGCUACAUGACACCCGAAGUGGGUAUAGUACAAUCGGCAAAGUCUUCUGCAAAUACCAACGGAGUACUGGGGGGAGCUGAAAACUUCGCAGCAGGCGCUGGUUCUGUUCAUGGCAUAAAUUGA